AUGGGCCAACAAAACCCAUCCUUCGUUCUCGAGAAAGCCGGCCAUGUAAAGUACGAAGACCGACCGAUUCCCACCCUCACUUCCCCUUACGAUGUCCUCAUCAACGUCAAAUACACCGGCAUCUGCGCUUCCGAUGUCCACUACUGGGUGCACGGCGAGAUCGGCCACUUUGUUGUCAAGUCUCCCAUGGUCCUUGGCCAUGAGAGCAGCGGUGUAGUCUCCAAGGUCGGAGAUGGGGUCAGGAGCUUGAAAGUGGGCGACAGGGUCGCAAUGGAACCAGGCAUUCCUUGCCGUCGUUGUGUGCGUUGUAAAGACGGUAAAUACAACCUCUGUCCGGACAUGGCAUUCGCUGCAACUCCACCAUUUGAUGGAACACUGGCCAAGUACUAUGCCCUGCCGGAGGACUUUUGCUAUAAGCUGCCGGAGAGCGUGUCGCUAGAGGAAGGUGCCCUGUUGGAGCCGCUGAGCGUCGGUGUGCAUAUCACGAGACAGGCGGGCGUUCGCCCCGGGCACAAGGUCGUCGUCUUCGGUGCUGGGCCUGUUGGGCUGUUGUGCUUAGCAGUCGCGAAGGCAUUCGGAGCUUCAAAGCUCGUCUCCGUGGACAUCAACGAGGAGAGGCUUCAAUUCGCCAAGAAGUAUGCUGCAACACACACCGUUGUCUCGCAGCGAGAGUCAGCUCAGGACUCAGCAGCGCGAAUCAUCAAGGAGACUGAUCUUGGAGAAGGUGCGGACAUUGUGAUUGAUGCUAGUGGAGCGGAGCCAGCGAUCCAGACGAGCAUCCAUCUGCUGCGGAUAGGUGGCACGUAUGUGCAGGGCGGCAUGGGUAAAGCAGAUAUCACUUUCCCCAUUGGCGCCAUGUGCAGCAAAGAGCUCAACGUGAAGGGCAGCUUCAGAUAUGCCGGUGGUGACUACGCCUUGGCACUGGAGUUGAUCACCACCGGGCGAGUUGAUGUCAAGCAGCUGAUUUCCGGCAAGGUGAAGUUCACCGACGCUGAGAAGGCGUUUAGUGAUGUAAGGGCUGCAAAGGGUAUCAAGACGCUGAUAGAAGGAGUUGAAGACGAUGCAUAG